AUGGAAACCCAGAAUCAGGAAGCGGCCAGAAGCCCCGCCGAGGUGCCCAACGAUCCGGGGAAGAUGUUCGUCGGAGGUCUCAGCUGGCAGACUAGUCCAGGUACGCUCGCCGGUCAUCGGCCGCACUGCCCGCGCCUCGCUCGGAUUUGCAUCCGAUGCACAGGCCGGCCACGGCUGACCGCUCGCUUAGAUAGCGGAAGACAGCCUCCACUAGUCGUGAUAUGA